CAACCCACCCAUUGUCUAUCUCUUCACCCUUUUUCACACGAAAGAAGGCAGAACAGAAAUCUCUUCUCAAGCUUCUUCAUUUUGAAAACAUUGUUGUUUCUGCUUCAGAAGAUACUCGACGAUCUCUAUUAUACUGAAAGGAGCUUGCUUUCUCCAGCCAGUGUGACGGUUGAGCCAAACAUCGGUUUGGCUUCAGUUGAAAAAUGGGUUACAUGUGUGACUUCUGUGGUGAACAAAGAUCAAUGGUGUAUUGCCGGUCUGAUGCAGCGUGUUUGUGCCUCUCAUGUGACCGUAAUGUUCAUUCGGCUAAUGCUUUAUCCAAACGUCAUUCACGGACUUUGAUAUGUGAGCGGUGCAAUGCACAGCCAGCAUCUGUUCGGUGUACCGAUGAGAGGGUCUCUCUAUGUCAAAACUGUGAUUGGUCAGGCCACAACGGCAAUAGCUCACAUCAUAAAAGGCAAACCAUCAAUUGUUAUUCUGGUUGCCCAUCAAGUGACCAACUUGCCUCGAUUUGGUCUUUCUGUUUGGAUUUGGAUUUCUCUUCUGCUCGACAAUCUGCGUGUGAGCAAGAAAUGGGUUUAAUGACAAUAGAUGAGGCAGGGCCAGGAGAAAAAUCAGGCGUAGAAAAUAUAGAUGUAGAUCAGCCUGGAACCAGUUCUGCUGCUCAAGGUAUGGAUCGCUCUAGUGUUCCAGAAAAUUCACCAUUGGCUAAGGAGCUUGGAGUAUCUGAAGAUGACUUCUGUGGCAAUCUCAUUAUGGAUGAAGUGGACUUGGCUUUUGAGAAAUACGAAGAACUCUUUGGUACAGCCUACAACUCUUCAAAAGAUCUCUUCGAACAUGGUGGAAUUGGAAGUCUUUUCGAGAAACAUGAGGGCUCAAUCCAAGGAAACGCAAUGCAGCAGCCAGCCGGAAGCAAUGCUGCAUCUGGAGAUGGAGAUUCGUUCAUGAGUUGUAGAACAGAGCCAAUAAUUUGCUACUCAUCAAAGCCAGCUCAUUCGAAUAUAUCCUUCUCUGGUGUCACGGGAGAAAGUAAUGCUGGAGAUUUCCAAGAUUGUGGGGCGUCAUCGAUGCAGCAACUUGCAAAAGAGCCACCACCAUGGUGCCCUCCAACGUCACAAGAGAUUAAGGCUUCCUCACAAGCAACAACACGUAACAACGCUGUUAUGCGUUACAAGGAAAAGAAGAAGGCUCGCAAGUUUGACAAGCGAGUGAGGUAUGUCUCUAGGAAAGAAAGAGCUGAUGUGAGACGGCGUGUGAAAGGAAGGUUUGUGAAGUCAGGUGAAGCUUAUGAUUACGAUCCGCUGGGCCCAGCAAGAAGCUACUGAGGAUGCCACAAACCCAAAACAAAGAAGAACUACAAAGUGGAGAUAUCAGACGAAGAUCCUCAGAAGCUUCAUUCUUCAUCUACAGACGAAGAACUUCUGGGCAGUUUAGGAUCCUCAGAAGCUUCAUUCUUGCGUAGAGGGCUCAUGCUUCUGCCUUCUUUUGCAUAAAGUUGUUAUCUUCAUCUGUCAUUUGCUCUUAACCAUAUGAGUGACAGUAGAGCUUUUCAACAGAUUGACGAGCAGGAUCCUUAAAAUUUUGUUCUAUUGUAGCCAAGGCAAGACCACGAAUGUAUAUUUCUUCAUAUAUUUAUAUGUAAAUUCACGUAUGCUUUUCUAAUCCGUCAAUCACGUGGAAGAUUUAGA